AUGGAGGCAGACAAACACAUCCACGAUGUCCUCAUUGUCGGUGCUGGACCGUCUGGGCUCAUGACGUCCGUGGUACUCUGCAGGAUGGGAAUCAGCCCCUUUGUCGUCGAUUCCGGCGGUCGUGCUGACCCAGAGUGGGGCAGAGCAGACGUUCUCCACAGCAGAACUUUGGAAGUUAUGGAAAGUCUCGGUGAACCGUUCGAACAGAUCAUGAAGAUGUCCCGCCCUCUCAACAACCACACGUUCUGGGUGUCGGAUAACGGGGCCGUGAAACGCACCAUCAACGCCCCAUUCUACUUCAAAUCCAUCGAUUUUAAUGUACCACAGCCGCAGGCCCUGCGUCAGGGGCUCUUGCAGGAAGUACUCCUGCGUGACGCGGAGAAGCAUGACCCUGCGUUCCACGUUCAUUGGGGGCGUAAGUUCGUGGACAUGCGUUAUCAGGCUGAUGGGAAAGUGUUGGAGGUUACCCUGCAGGACGUGGAGACUGGGAAGAUAAAUGUUGUCUUGGCGAGAUAUGUUAUCGGUGCAGAUGGAGCAAAGUCCGCCGUUCGAGCUUGGGCUGGUAAGUUCGGCGUCCAGAUGGAGGAGCACCCUACGCCGGAUGUAUACUGGGUUCAGGACGUGGUUGGCAUCAGGUCAAAUUUCCCCGAUCUCGAACGUUUUUCGGUCAUAGGUAGUAAUGAUGGUAUUGCAGUCAACAUCCCACGUGAACCUAUCAAAAACCAGAGGGCGACCCGAUUUGCCCUGCAGUUGCGCAAUGCCACUCGAGAAAGAUCCAACCACAAAUUUGCUACAACCCUCAAUAGAAUUCUUGCGCCAUUCACGGUUGAGUGGGACGAAGUUGUCUGGACCACUAACUAUCGAGUUACCCAACGUCUGAUCAAUGAGUUUGUUGUGGACGACAGGGUUUUCUUCCUUGGCGAUGCUUGUCAUACUCAUAGUCCUCGCGGUGGAUUAGGGGCGAACACCUCCAUCUUAGAAGGGCAUAAUCUUGGGUGGAAAAUCGCGCUGGUUCUUAAGGGCAUCGCACAGCCGAAUAUCCUCUCGACGUAUGCUACUGAGCGAUAUGCUGUGGCGUAUGACCUCAUAGAUAUGGACCGUCAGCUUGUCAAGGCCACGGCUGAACUUAGUGACCCGCGAUUGUCUCUGGACGAUGAUUUCGCAGACUCAGCUGCCGCUCGAAACAAGCGAAUGCAAGACCUCCAAAUUCUCAAUAGCAAUUAUCAAUCGGGUACCUCGAUCAUAUAUUCUCCUAAUUUGCUCGUCGCCAAAUCGCCCAAGCAAGUUGAAACGUUCAACCCUGAUGCUCCGGGAACGCCUAUUGGAGGGCGCACCCGCCCCGCAUUGAUGAGACGCUUCUCUGACGCUUCACUCGUUCCGGUCCAUACCCGCUUCGAUGGGCGCUUUACGAUCUACCUUCUCGUUGGUGACCUCGAGCGCCAAGGGGUGGUUGAUGCCUUACUUAUCCUCGACGACUAUAUCACCUCUUCUGGAUCCAUAUUCACCCGCUAUGCACAUGAUACGCGCAUGGAGGAAAUUUCUGUAAAUUUACGCAUGCCUUCGACGGACUCGACCACAAUGGCCGCUGCAGACGCCCCUGACACUCGACAAUUCUAUACGUACGAAAACGACGACAUGCCUCAGAUUGAUGGCGGCUACGGCACACGUUCCCACCCAGUUUUUCGAUCGAUGAUCAUAACCACAACGAGUGAUACUCGGGCCUUCCAGCUGGAUUCAUUGAUGAAAAGGGCAUCGCCGCUCGACAUCUCGACGUCUCGCCUCUUACAUCCCUCGCGAUUUUUCUCUGAUGAUUGCCCUGCGCUGUCACCGUUUGCGGAGGGCGUCUUGCAGCAUCCCGUGCAUGCGAAGUGGGGCGUUGAUCAAAGAGUUGGAGCCACCGUGAUCGUCCGUCCUGACGGCCACGUCGGUGCCUAUAUCGAAGGAUACGGAAUUGGCGCUUGGAAGGAUGUGGAGAAGUAUUUCGCACAAUGUCUUAUUUAGCCAUGCCUUGCAGACCAAGGUAUCAGAAAUGUUAAGCCCUAGGC